CCAUGCUGUAGUGGAGCUCAUUGACAAGAGCUCAGGUUCUCUGUCUGUAGUCAAUCUCUUACCUGGACAGUGGGAGACUAAGACAUUUGAGUUUAAGAUGUCAGAAGAGCAGCUGGAUGAGUUUGACCUGCAGAAGUACAUAACGACACCAGAGGAAGAUCAGACUGAACUCCUCAGUCCAGAUGAAGUUCUCCAGAAGCUGCUGCCAGUUGUCCCAACAUCCACAUCAGCUGUGCUGCGGGGCUGUGAGCUGACAGAUAAGAGCUGUUCCUAUCUGGCCUCUGCUCUCACAUCACUCUCCUCAAGACUCAGACUGCUGGACCUGAGUUGGAAUGACCUAUGGGACUCAGGAGUGGAACUUUUAUGUUCUGCUCUUUCUCAUCAAAACUGCAAACUGGAGGAACUAUGGCUGCAGAACUGUAAGCUGACAGAGAAGAGCUGCUCCUAUCUGGCCUCUGCUCUCACAUCACUCUCCUCAAGACUCAGACUGCUGGACCUGAGUUGGAAUGACCUGCAGGACUCAGGAGUGGAACUUUUAUGUUCUGCUCUUUCUCAUCAAAACUGCAAACUGGAGGAACUACAAGUGGGUAUGGAGCCUAAGGUGUUCUUCAGAAAGGAGAGUCCAGCAGCAGCCUCCACUAGCAGCUCCCACUCCUCAGAUGCUGCAGAGCUGCACCUCAGAGACAAAGCCCAGCAGGACCCAGGAGCACAGCUGCUCUCUCUGGACACUCACAAGGAGGAGCACCACAGUGAUGCCCCACAGAGGAGCUGUGAAUCCUGUGCUGAAGUUCCAGACUCCAGCCACUGGGUCCUGAUGAAGCCUGAAGUCUCCACAGAGAAGAGCGUCUCCACCUACAGCCUGAGCUCUCCUGCAGGGAGCUAUGAGUGCUCAGAGUCUGGUCUGCGCUGGACGUGUGCUGGUCCAGUCACCCUGCAGUACCACUUCAUGGACUGGCAUGCCUUUGCUGAAGAGCUGGCCCACAUGCAGUCCAGAUCAGCUGGUAUUCUGAUGGACAUCAGGCUCAUGUCAGGAGAGCUGGAGGAGAUCCAUCUACCACAUUUCCUCUGUUUGGGGGGUUGUGAGGCGUCUGUGCAUGAUGCUGUGAGGGUCCUGCAUGGGCGGGACAGCGGAGUGUGUGUGGAGAAGUGUGAGCUGACCCGACACCAUGCCAGACUUCUCCACCCAAACCUCUCUCCUCUUGGAGUUAUCUACAACCUCCUCAAAUCCCUGCUGUCUCCCAUGAGGGUCCACUCCAAAAUGCUGGUCUACCAGAGCAGCACGAUGCCCGUUUUCAGCACCUACCUCCUGCCUGAGGAUGCCCAUCUGAAGCAACUGGUGAAGAACGAUGAGGAGGAGUUGGGGGGCGUUUGGAGGGACAAUCCUCAUCCUGACAGCCCUCUACAGAUGGAGGACUUCUACAGCCUGAGGACUGACUGUCCCUCUGAGAUCAACCCAGAGAAGCUGAUGCUGAGAAGGAGCAAUGACACCCCCAACUUCUUUAGGGUGAAGCUUCCUGAGGCUGCUGCCUCCUUCCACAUGGAGCUGUUCAGCUCUGCAGACAGCAGGGGGCAGUGUGUGUGGAGAGCAGAGUUCCAGUCAGGUGAUGAGAGUCAGGCCAGACCACCAGCAGAGAGUCCGGCAAGGACCAGAGACGCCCAGUCUGCAGUCAGGUUCCCACAGGCAGCAGAGAGCAGGAGAGACACCAGCAGAGAGACCAGCAGAGCUGAGGGGGAGACCAACUCAGAUGUGCUGCUCUCCAAGGGACUGGUCCACCCUGAGAAGUAUUCAGAGAUCAAAGCAGCUCCCACCAAUGAGGCAAAGAUGCGAGAGAUCUAUGAGUGUCUGCGCUCAGCUGGAGCUGAGGGGAAAGCAGCCUUCUAUGGAGUUCUACUGCAGGAGGAGCCCCACCUGCUCAAAGACCUGAGUACACCUGUCAACAAAUGA